AUGUCGUCGGGAUCCAAUGUACAGCUUGAACAGAAACAGUACCUGCUCCCGUACUUUGAAUCUAGCGUCGCGGUUUUGAGCACGAUCGGCGUCUGCCUAACCGGAAUUAGUCUUUGGGCCAUUGCGAUCACCCGUUUCAGUCCUCUACAUGCGGUCCCGUUGUGCACAUCAAUCGCCUGUGCGGUCGCAAACGGUCUCUGCUACUAUGCUUUCUAUACAACCAGUGCACCGCUACCCGAGGCCAUCGCUAGCGUCUUCGCAGAUAUCUUCUGGUUGCUCCAGGAAGCGGGGUUGCCGCUGUACAGCUAUCAGAUCCUGGUGCACAUGCUCCAUGGACGCGCACGGUGUUUCUACAAGAGCACCUUCUGGACCGCGCUCAGCAUGGUGGUGGUCAUACGCAUCGCCAUCGCCACCAUGCGCGCGAUCCAGAUCCUCGACGGGUCGGUGCCGCUGACCAGGGCGAUCAACUUCCUUCAUAUCGGUUACUUUAGCUCGAUUGCCAUCGCCGAAACAUACAGCUCCGUCUUGCUGAUCGGAUUCCUUCGGAAGGCGUAUCAGACGGCGCUGAUCGUUUCCUCCAUGCGACCGGUUUUGAGGUAUCUGUUAUGGUCGACUGAGAUACGCCUCUCGGGCCUCUGUCUGGUCGGCAUUGUGCGCGCUGCGACGUACCCAUUCCAGCUUGUUGAGCAGCAUGCCGUGAAUAUCCCUAACCAAAUUGACCGUUUUGUCUACUCCCUGGAGUGUCUAUUUCCCGUACUUCUGAUCAUUGACAUUGUUGUUCCAAAGGACCGAGGAGCUGGUGAAUUACAUAAGAUUAUCUCGGUCUCCUCUCGAGAUGUGCACCACGCUAGACGUUCUCUGCCCUCCCCGCUGGAUAGCUGGUCUUCAGCCCCACCGGUGCCGGAUAAACAAUGUACCAAAGGUAUCACAACACCCGAGUCGACUGACCUGACAGUCAGCUGCCGGUGCCAUGAUACGCAGCCCCGCCAACAAGUCUGA